UUUGUCCGUUCCCCUCGUGCCCCUCUCUCUGUCUCUCUCCUCUCCGCUCCGCUCCUCCGCUACGCCGUAGUUCAUUUCUUUCCGUCCUCAAUUCUCUCGCUCCGCGUCUUACGGAUUGCGACCUUCUUGCGGGGACCCGAACUGUUGUGUCGAGAUCGCACGGGCAUGGCGGAGGAAGAGGAGUUCGCGAGGGCCGUCGAGGAUGGGUUGAAGCUGGCGAAGCGGGUGUACGCCGGAAAGGACCGGCAGGUCACGGGGCCACCGAGACCGGUGGGAGGGAUGGAAAGGAAGGCGGACUCGUUCCUUCCUUCGGCGCCGAUGGUGUAUGCGGUGAUAUCCGACCCCCGGAUCGUCGACAACCCGGAUAUUCCCAGCUACCAGCCGCACGUGUAUGGAAGGUGCGAUCCGCCGGCGCUGAUUCCGCUCCAUAUGGGAGAUAUCGGGAUGGAAAUAGACUGUCUCCUCGACUCGGCUUUCGUCUCCGUCCACGGCCGGUGGCGGGUUCAUUGCGUGAUGCGUAAUAAGAGUUGCAGCUGCCGGUUGGUUGUCCCCAUAGGCGAUCAGGGUUCAGUUCUAGGUGUUGAGAUUGAGGUUGGUGGAAGAUCAUACCAUACUCAGGUGAUUGAAGAGGAAGAACAUAACAUUGGAAAUACUGCUGAAAAUAAAGGCAGUGGCUUCCUAAAAGGACACAUAUUUUACAUGACAAUUCCUCAGGUCAAUGGAGGAUCAGACAUUUCUAUCAAAGCAAAAUGGUCACAAAAGUUGGCAUAUAAUGACGGCCAAUUCUUGGUUAGCAUACCUUUCAAUUUUCCAGAAUAUGUCACUCCAUUUUCAAAAGUUGUUGCAAAAAAGGAAAAAAUUCAGUUAAACCUGAAUAGUGGUUUCGGAAAGGAACUUCUGAUCCAGAAGAUAAGCCAUCUUCUGAAGGAAAAAAAUUGCCAAGCAGGAAAGUUAAAUUUUUUGUAUGAAGCAAAUGUUGAUAGUUGGUCAGAUAAAGAUUUUGAAUUUUCAUAUAGUCUUUAUUCAAAUGACUUGUCUGGUGGUAUACUCUUAAAGUCUCCAACAACACAUGAUGGUGACCAGAGAGAUAUGUUCUGCUUUUAUCUUUUUCCAGGAAGUAAUCAGCGAAAAAAGGUUUUCAAAAAUGAAAUUGUCUUUGUCGUUGAUGUAAGCGGAAGCAUGCAUGGAAAGUUUAUCGAGAAUGUUAAGAGCUCAUUAGCUGCGUCACUGUUAGAGCUCAGGCCAGGCGAUUUGUUUGAUAUCAUAGCUUUCAAUGAUGAGUUGCAUUCUUUUUCACCAUGUUUGGAGCAUGCUACGGAAGAAAUGGUAGAAAAUGCUAUCCAGUGGAUGAAUAAAGAUUUUAUUGCAGAGGGUGGAACAGACAUAAUGCACCCCUUAAAGGAGGCAGUUGGCUUACUAUCAAGUACAAAUUGUUCAAUUCCGCAAAUUUUUCUCAUAACUGAUGGAGCUGUUGAAGAUGAGCACAACAUCUGUAACACCAUUAAAACUCUUUUGGCAAAUAGUGGAUCUAUAUCUCCUCGGAUUUCUACAUUUGGCAUAGGUUCUUAUUGCAACCAUUAUUUCUUGAAGAUUCUGGCUUCUAUUGGGAGGGGGCAGUAUGAUGCUGCAUAUGAUCCAGAUUCAAUAGGAACACAUAUUAAGAAAUGGUUUUGUAGAGCUUCAUCAACCAUAGUAGCAAACCUGACAGUUGACAGCUUCACUGACCUUGAUGAAUUUGAGGUUUACUCUAUUAAUAUUCCAGAUCUUUCAGCUCAAUGUCCACUGAUAAUAUCAGGCCGAUUUUAUGGAAGGUUUCCGGAGACUCUUCAAGCUAAGGGAAUCUUGGCUGAUAUGACUGAUAUUGUUAUCGACUUGAAGGUGUACAACACAAAAGAUUUUCCUCUUGAGAAAGCUUUGGUCAAGCAGCAUAUUGAUCUUCUUACAGCUCAGGCAUGGUUUACUGAGAGUAAACAACUUGAGGAAAAGGUGGCGAAAUUAAGCAUACACAAUAGCAUUCCUUCAGAGUAUGCAUGUAUGGUUUUACUCCAAAGGGACACCGUAAAGGAGGCAGUAAAACAGGCCAAGAAGAAAACUUCCCGAAUGCGUGCAGGCCAAGGAUACAACUUUCCAACUGUGGUGCAUGGAGUGACCAUUGGCUUCGGAGAUCCAACAGCGACCAAAGAAAAUCGCCAAAUAGGGGCUCAGAAGGAGCCCGAGAUCCUUACCGUCUACAAAACCAUUGGCUGCUGUAGCAAGAUAGCCUACUGCUGCUGCUGCCCUUGCUGCAUAAACACAUGCAAUAAGCUUAACGAUCAGCUUGUGAUUGCAUUGACGCAGCUCUGUGCUGCUCUAUCAUGCCUUGCCUGCUCAGAAUGCUGUAGUGAGUUAUGUGGCGCCGACUAGUUAUAUUCCUCCCAUGUUGUAUCUUCGUAUAUUGUAUCGAUUUGUUACGUUUAUGCAUAUGCAGUUCUUGUUCUUGUUCAAGUUGCAAACUAAUGUUUCAUAGAUGAGUGAGUUGUAUAAUAUAAUGCCUCUUGUAUGUAUUCAUGGUUCCUGUAAAAAUUAUGAAAAAAAAAAAGAAUUAUUGUAUA